AUGAAAAUCUUGUUUUGUUUAUUAUUAUUUAUUCUUUACAAUGGUUUGGGAAAUUGUGCUCCACCAUAUUUUCCGCCUCAAAUUGUAUUUUCUUUUGGUAUUGAUCAACAAAUAAUGGCGAUCGAUGAAAUAAAUCAACGAGCUUAUGUAACAUACCAUUUGAAUCCUCCAUCGACAGCAACUGCCUUUGUGAUGAAAAAUUUUCCAUAUGCAAUUCCUGAUUCUCCCGAAUCAAAAUCUUAUGUACAAUUAUAUGAACUAUUUCCAAUGAAUUCAUGUAUGUAUAUGACAUAUUGGAAAUAUGGUGGAAGUGAAUUGAAUUGGUUUCCAUCCCAUUGGAAUAAUGGAACUUCAUUUGAAAUAAAAAAUUAUAUGAAUUUUACAUCUGAAAUGAUACAUUCAAAUGAUUCUUCUUUAGAUGAAGAUUAUUGGUAUUCAAAUGUAAGAUGUCGAACUGAUAGUGGACAAACUUAUCCAUGUCAAGAAAUUUAUUUUAAAAAAAAUACUGAUAUUCCUCUUCGAUUACUUGAAGUUCGUCGUACAAACUGGAGAGUUAUUCAAGUAACAAUAGAUUUUACAGUUAUAUCAAUAGGAAAACCAGAUGACAAAUACUUUAAUUCAAUUCCAAAACAAUGGUCUCUCACUUGCCUAGAUAUUAAUCUCGGAGUUUUAUAUUAUCCACAAACAAUAAAGAUAAAUUUAGAAGAAAGUACAAAAAUUCAAGUUUGGCUUCGAACUCCUCCACAUCAAAUAAAUGGAAAUGAUACUCUUACGAUUCAAUGGAAACCAAUGAAUUUUACUGAUAGUUUUGAAUGGACACCCAAAGAAUUUAUUUUUAACACUAAAAAUUUUCAAGAAAGACAAAUAUUAACAAUAACUCGUAUUAAAAAUACAGAACAAACAAUACUUAUUCCUGUUUUUUAUGGCGGUGGUUUCGAUCUUGUUUCAUCACAAAAUUAUCCCAUAUAUAUUCAAUAA